AGGACACCUUGAGAGGCGAAAACGCGUUUCUCAGUACUACGUGAGGAAGUGAGCCCAUUGCCUGAGGGAGACUGUCACAUACGCGCACCGCUGUUGCUCUCUCUAUGCUGUUUUUUUAUUUAUGUUUUUACAGUUCAAAAAAAUGGCGAAGCUUAGCGAGCACGGGAUUCGCCUUAGCUGCAUGAGCCCGUCUUACCUUUACAGCAAUUCAACGAGUCAUACCUGGCCCUUCAGCGCUAUUGCAGAACUCAUAGACAAUGCCUGUGACCCCGGAGUUACAGCCAAACAGAUCUGGAUUGAUGUUGUUGAGAUCAAGGGGAAUCUCUGCUUGACAUUCACAGACAAUGGAUACGGCAUGACACCAAACAAGCUGCACAAAAUGCUCAGUUUUGGCUUCACAGAGAAAGGGUCGAGUAAGAGCCAUCAGCCCAUAGGAGUGUAUGGAAAUGGAUUCAAGUCUGGAUCGAUGCGGCUGGGGAAGGAUGCAAUGAUCUUCACGAAGAACGGUGGCUGUCUGAGCGUGGGGCUGCUGUCACAAACUUACCUGGAGCACAUCCGAGCAAAGGCUGUCAUUGUGCCCAUCACUCCAUUCAAUCAGCAAAACAAGAACUUGAUAGUAACAGAGGACUCCGUGGCUAGUCUGGAUGCUAUCCUGACCCACUCACUUUUCCAGACCAAGGAGGAGCUGCUGGAACAAUUCGAUUCCAUCCCCAGCAAGAAGGGGACCAAGAUCGUGAUCUGGAACAUCCGCAGAAACAAGGAUGGCAAGCCAGAAAUGGACUUUGAGACAGACCCACAUGAUAUCCGGAUUCCAGAUUUACGCUCUGAGCAGCCAGGGAGUUCCAGCAAAAAGGGUUGUCGUGAACCUGAGAGGGCUGACCAGACUGUGCCAGAGAUGGACUACUCGCUACGGGAGUACUGCAGCAUCCUGUACCUGAAGCCGCGAACUCAGAUCAUUCUACGACAGAAGAAGGUUCAGACCAAGCUGAUCGCCAAGAGCUUGGCCAACAUUGAGCAUGACGUCUACAAACCGAACUUCAUUAACAAGCGAGUGCGAAUUACAUUCGGGUUUAACUACAAGAAUAAGGAGCACUACGGAAUCAUGAUGUACCACAAUAACAGGCUGAUCAAGUCCUAUGAGAAAGUGGGCUGUCAAAUCAAGUCCAACACCCGAGGUACUGGUAUAGGGGUGAUCGGAGUGAUUGAGUGUAAUUUCCUCAAACCAGCACACAACAAACAGGACUUUGAGUACACCAAAGAAUACAGGCUGACUCUGGCAGCUCUGGGAUUGAAGCUGAACGACUACUGGAAAGUGAAGAAAGCAAAGAAAUUGCAGGAUCAGGUGGAAGCCAACAAGGAUACAGAGGAGACACAGGGGAACCCGGACCAUCAAUGGGUGCAGUGUGAGGAGUGUCUGAAGUGGAGGAAGCUGCCUUUCACAGAGGAGCCUGUCCCUGAGCCAUGGUACUGCCACCUCAACCCUGACCCCAAGUGCAGGCGCUGUAUCGACCCAGAGGAAGCUGAGGAAAGUGAAGAUGAGCUCACACCCAGCUACGAGAAGACCUUUAAAAAACAAGAUUUGAGCAAUGACAGAAAAAGGAGUGUGUCUCUUGAGGGAGGUAUCGUCAAACCAGAGCUGUCCCGGGGUCUGUCUGGGCCGCCUAAUCUUCUGACCAGUCAAGAGGAGGAGCAGGUGGAGGGGAGGGAGAAAGGCGCGGCUGGGUCAAGCGUCCCCAGUAAAAAGCAAAAGCAAGGCUUGGAUAGCAGCUGCCUGAACAUAAGGCCCGAAGCGUGGGGAGGAUUGGGAGAUCAGGCAAAUGCCCUUAUGAAAACAGGCUCGGGCUCCAGUGGGGAGGAAGAGGGCCAUGAUGUAAUCAUAGUCUCAGAAAAGAGCACCCCUCCCUCCCUGCCCGUUAUAAAACAGGAAGAGCAGAUGUUGCCCUGGCCUGCAGGGGGUGCGGCUCCUAAAGGACAGCAGAAUCUCUGGAACAAAUCCAAGAAAAAGGCUCCCUCCACAGCCCAAACAGUGGUAGUGCCACCAAGAACAAGAGAAGGGUGGCCUGUGAAGGCCUUGACCCAUGGUAAUGUUACAGCACAGGAAGGGAAAAGAAGGAAACCUGCUGCCAUGGCUGCAGACUGCCCAGAGAAUGAGCAGCUGGCACAGAUCCAGGCUCUGGAGCAGGCAGCCCGCUUAGAGAGGGUGGCAGAGCUAGAGAAGGAAGCAGAGAGGCUGAGAGGGAAUCUGAGGGUCCCUACACUGCCCCAGGACUGCCCCACAAGCCUGCAACAGAUGAGGCAACUGUACCAGCAGGCCUGUCAGGAGAAGGAAUUCUUCAGCCAGGGGCUGAACGAGGCCGAAGACAAACUGGUUGUCAUCUCUGCCGAAAGGGACAAGUACAGACAUAAGGUGGCUGAGCUGGAGCGGGAGAAGUGUCGCCUGCAGCAGGAGUUUCACAGGAGCCAGCAGGAGGUGCUGCUGCUCCGAGCUCAUCCUAGCAGAGCCAAUGAAGAGAUCUUCUGGGGCAAGAAGUACGCCAGCUUCCAGUACCAAGAGCUGGAGCCAUUGCGGGCCGAGCUGGACCGAAUUCGGAGGGAGAAGAGGGAGCUGGAGAACCGACUAAGCAGGCAAAGAGAGACCCGGGAGCAGGGCACAAGCCCCCAGCCAAGUGCCACUGACAGCGUUACCAUGGAGAGGCUGCGUACACUGCGCCAGAACGUGGCAAACCUGCUGACCUCGGUCCUGCCUCAUCUGGACCUGAAGGAGAUCAGUUUCGACACAGGAGACAUCGACCACAUCCUGGAGAAGGUCAUCGAAGCCAACAAGAUCUGAGGCCCAGGCCAGGACAGAUCAUUUGAUCCUUUAACAGGCUGUUGUGCUCUGUUAUUUUUAAGGAUGCUGCCUUUAAAAUAUCUGUGUAUUGAGUAAGCUGUCCAAAUUGUACAAAAUCUAGCAAUCACACAAAGUGUAAAAUAUAAGAAAUAGGGAGAUUAAAUGAGCUAUACUGUAAUAGUUAGCUGGACAUUAUUGAUGACAUCUGUUCAAUAACAAAGAAAAUAAAUAACAUAACAAAUUAAUUUAGUGACUGAUGUCUGGAGUUGUUUUUGUGGAAUGGCAAAAUUUACUGGUAUAGAAUUAAAGUGUGCAUGUUAAAAUGGGCUACCCUUAGAAAAGGAAUAGGACUGUUUUAUCAUUCAUGCAGUGCUUUUAUAGCAGUAAAGACAGGUUCUUUCAGCAAUAUAUUUAUAAAAAAUACGUCUACAUUGUAGCAUAAAAUCAAACAUUGACAUAUGACUGUUGAGGUGGGCAUGCAAUGUAUUUUUAUUUGUAUUUUGUAUCUGAAUUCAAAGCACAGCUGGCUCAUAGAACCACUACACUAUCACCCACACCCUAAAACUGUCAAGUAUUACCUUUUUCCACAUAUAAAGUAACCAGUUUUUAAGUCACCUGGUUUCAAUUCUUGCAGAAAAACACAACUGAAAAAGUGGAAUAGCCAGAGUUGUCCACCCAGCAACAACAAACGUUAUCAACUUCGACUUUGAUAACCCCUUUUCCCUACCAUAUAUAAAAUAUAUAAUUUAUUUUUUAGGUUCAAAUAAGAUACUACUGGCCAUGAGUAGAACAUGUGAAUAAUAUGGCUGAAGUCAAUUUACCCUUAACCACUGUGUGUACAUAUUGUAUUGUAAAUUAGAUGAAUGCUGGACCCAGGUUCCUAAUAUGUCAGUUAAGUCAAAUUGUCAUUUACAAAUCCUCUAGAACUUAAACAUUUAGUUGGAAAUGGUAUGGUAGCAAUUAGUGUAAAUAAUAUAGAUUACUAGUGAUUGUUUUAUAUAGGCUGCCAGUCCUUUUUCCUAUUUUAUACAUUCUUGAUCACAUCUCAGUAACAGCGAACUCAGCGAAAGAUGCUUAAGAGUCUUUUUUAUACAGCGUCAAACCAUGUGGAAAGUACCUAGUGCGUCAGAACAGUGCCUUAAUGCAGUACUAUGUUGAGAAAAGAGAGAUCUAUUGGGAUGUAUUUGUUUUUGCGCUGUGUGUAACCAGCUGGGAAAAAAAAAAAAAAAAAAAACAACCCGCAAUCUGAGAAUCGCUAGAACAAAAUGAAACCUUUCCCAAUACCACUAGAACAGUAAUGACAUUUCCCCGAAUGUGUGGUCAAGGCCUAUUUAGAAAGACCUACACUUAGUGUUAAAUACAAAAUAAAAAUAACGAUAAAUUACAGAUGAGUUAAUAAAGUAAAUUAGUUGUUUUUACUAAAUGAAUUACAUUUGGCACAGCUUACCCUUAAAUCUAAAUUAAAGACUUUAACCAUUUGUUGAACCCAUGACUAGGAAGGCAGUGUCUUGGUAAAACAUACUUUUAAAAAAAUUUCAUCACUGGCACCAAAAAGGUUAAAGUGUGAGGUCUGUUGAUAAUAUUUAAAUAUCUGAUAACUAGAUACUACAAAGUAAAACGUUUCUUCUAUUUUUUUUUUUCAUUAACAGUUGUUACUUGUUACUGAUUGUCAAAGUACCAUAGAAAGAGUUUGCCUAUGAAACCAGAAGCUCAACUCGUGCUCAGUCCACUAGAGGGAGCUGUUAUGUGGAUGUUUGAUGCUGCUGCCCUCUGGUGCAUGCCAAAGGAGGUACGUUAGUGUACAAUGCUAGGCGGUUCAUUGAUGGGAAAUGAAAAAAAAAAAAAAGCAACACAAAGCUUUUAGUUGUAGGAAUGAGGGUAAACAUGUUCAUCAUACAUUCAAUUCUACUACCUUUGUAUUAUGUUAAGCCAGCUUGUAUUUAAGCACCAUGUAACUGUGAAGCACACUGUAGAACAGGAAGUGUCGACGGCAUCUUCAUUUUGCAGAUACCCCACUAUGGAUAUAUUUACAGCAACAAAUGUUUGCGUUUAUAAAGAACACAUAUACUGUAUAUAAGUCCAAAGUAGUGAUGAUUUUAACUUUGUAGCAUGUAUAUAUUUUGCAGAUUUGUAAUAAACACAACAUUUGUAAAAAUGUCUUUCGCGUAAACAUUCCAUGUUUUGCAGUAUCAAGUAGCUGUAGCAGUGUAUGUAUUUCUCUUGGCCGUUAACCAGCAUUGUGCAUCCACUCAUAAUAUUACAACUUUGAUCAAUGUACUUAUUCAGCCACAUAUUUUCUAUGUCUUAAUGUUUAAUUUAUUGUAAUUGUUUUUUCAUAUCCAUAAUAUAUUUUCUACCAAGUGUGAAACCUGUUUUGUUUUGUAAUAUUGUUUAAAUGCUGUGUGGUGUUUGAAGGGCUUAUUGUUUGGCUGCUGUUGUAUAUAUAU